GGAAGAAUAUGCGUUUGUUUCGAUUUAAAGAAGGGUCGUGGAGUAUCAAUAAACAAGUAUUUGUUAAGUAAAGGGGGGAAUAUAAGACUUGAGGAUUUGCUUUCACAAGGCAUCAAUAAGACAACGUGGAUUUUACGACUCGCUUUCACAAGGCAUCAUUCCCAUACUUAUCUCAAUUAAAAUAAAAGGUCGAAAUGGAGGACAAAUUGAAACGGGAAUCGAAAGAUUUUGUGCAGAAACUAUUCAAAAAACAGGACAAGAACAAUGCAGCCGCGAUUCACAAAUCCGACAUGAAAAAAAUUCUUCAAUCCGUCCUUCCCGAAUAUUUCCUGGAUUACGAUGCGGAACUGGAACAACUUUUACUGCAACAUGUUAAAGUUACAAAGUAUACCGAACAUAACAAGAAGACGAACCAGUUCGAUGUCAAAUAUCAGGAAGACACCCUCGACUUUCCUUCCGUUCUUGCAGUCGUGGUCCAUUUCUUGAAAAAGGAUGAGAAAAAGUCGUCAAACGCAUUUUCGGGCGUUUCAGUGGUGAAAUACACAGACUUUCCCACGACGGAAAGAUCCAUGAUAAAUACAACGGCGGAGAGUAAAAAACGAUUGUUCUAGUGUAAUAUAUUUAAGAUUUUAAAGUAAUUAAGUCACUUGUUUAGUAAGUGAUUGAUUGGUAUGAUAUUACCGCAAUGUGUACCGAUAUUACCCUACUAGUUGGGCGAAUGCAGUGGCCGUGGGACAAUGUCCCCAUCAUCUGCCCAUCUUAUAUAAACCCCUCCCUCCCUUAUCGUAGAAUACUAAUGUCCCCACGGCUUCCGUGCCCACGUGGGCGAAGAUUGUCCUUUUUUGGCUAUUGCUAUUCUAGAUUUGUACGUUACAAGUAUUUUUGGUAUAUUAAAUCAAUAUCAAUUUUAGUCACUAAAAUAAAUGAUGGAUUUUUUAAACGUG